CCCACGCCUUAUGUAGUCAGCGAUGAGGCGGGCUCUAGUGGUGCUGUGCCUCCUAGCUCGCGUCAGCGUACAGAUGCAGGCGGUCCAGCGAUACUUCGUGGCCCGGAAGACCAGGUCCAACUCCACGCCGGUCGCCUCGGGCUACGCCUACAGCCAAGUCGGUAAUGGACCCCCGACCCUCGAAUCUUUUCAUAACGGGCACUUUACUAAGCAAAAUCUUAACGUCGUGAAAAAUGCAAAGGAUAAGCUUCUAGAUAACGGAAUUGCGAGCAAAGGGACAUCCAGGGAAUCACAUCCUACGUCAGUUAACAAACUAUGGCCAGAGAGAGGUAAUGCGUCGAAGAAACCUAAAUUUUCACCAAGUAGCUUGAUGAAAUACGAUUCUAUUUUUCGUACCGAUGAAGAAGACCUACGCACCGAUUUCAACAAUGUUUAUGAUAUUUGGCCUUUCUUCUUUCACAAUUUACAAGAACACGAUUAUAAUCCGAAGAUUAUUGCGGUAGAAACCGAGAAGGCGAUAGACAAACGAUUUGCUGUUCCAAAGCCGAAAACCGAAAAAAUUAUACCAGUUCAUGAAACUGUCAACGACACCGAUGACUCUGAAAACAAAGCUAAAUCCGAUAUCGAUACUAAGCAUACUGAGAUAGCAACGUCUGAUAAUCCCAUUAUGGGUAAUCAACCUUUUUUCUCGUAUGUGUUAAAUGACUACUUUGAUAAAACUAAUGAUGAUGACCCGACUACAUUCAAAGGGCUUACGUGGGGGAAAGAAUUCGAUCAUGAAAUGCGUUUACAAGAUAUCGACACCGUUAAGAGAAAAAGACGAUUAGAGGAAAAUAAUCCUCACUCUAGUAGCGAAGAAAGUACCAACACAUACAAAGGGCAUAAUGCAUUACGAGAAUCGUUGAAUAAUAAAGGCCGCGAUGGGUAUCGCGAAUCUGAAGCUAGUAAAAAAGGUAAUGAUAAAAGGCACAGCUAUGAUGGUAAUUACGAGUAUAAUGGAGAAAAUUAUAGAGGAUUCAAAGAUUUUGUUGAUUCUUUUGCGAACAAAUUUGGAUUAGAAGAACAUGACAGAGAGGCUAACUACAACAGAAAAAACAAUGCAGAUAAAGGUGAAAAAAAGAAGGGAUUUCGAAAAGUCUACCAUAAAGACGAAUAUCAAGAACAUCAUGAUUUUUUCGAUAACACAAAUAAUAAUGAAAAUCUUGAAGAAAAUGGUGCAUCCAAGGUUCAUAUCGGUGCUUCAGAGGGAUUGUUGCGGUCCCUGGCAGGCGCAGCGACAGGAAAUGAUAAAAGUAAACUCAGUAACGCUGAAAACAUGGAGAAAAAACAGUAUGAAACCAACCAUGAAGAUAAAGAACGAUAUAAUGGAAUUGAACGAGAACUCGACCAAUAUCGUGAUGUCGCUAAAUAUACAGCACUAAGCAACAAUGCUGAUUAUGUGGAUCGUUUAAUGAUGUGAUUAUUU